AUGGGUGCUCGAGGUCUCAUGGCAGCGGGAGUGCCCCCUCAACCGAGAUGGCUCUUGAUCAUUAAAGGCGUUAUCAUUCUCUUGUCUAUUAUUGUGCUAGCGCUCUCAGCGUACUCCUUGUCGCUGUAUUCUGGCUACUAUUAUUACUCGGGUGGUGCUCCAGGCUAUCUAAUUUUCUUGGCAGUCAAGACCUGGAUUAUCUAUGGCGCCAGUAUCGCAAUUGAACUCAAAGCGCCUCAAUACUACUACCGCAUAGUCUUCUUGAUCGCAUACUCACUCAGCGCAAUCUUCUGGCUGUCUGGCUGGGCCUGGGCAGCAUCCUGGGCAGCCGCUCUUCUGGACUACGCAUAUUACUCCAACAGCUUCGGCGGAGCCAUGGCUGGCAAUGCUGCGAUUGGCGCAAUUAUCUGGAUCUUGGUCGUUGUCAACCUAGUGUUCUUCAUUCUCGCUUCUUGCCGGGACAACACCACGGCCAACGUCGAGCUUGGCCAUACUCAGAAGCACAGCCAUCCGCAGGGCCCUGCAGCUCCUGUACAACAGGAGUCAUAUACUGGCCAGCCGCAACCCGGAUAUCCUCAACAACAAUCCCAUAAUCAGCCAUAA